AUGCCUCGGCGCAGGACAGUGCACGGUGCAGUGGCGAAUGGCUCGACAGUCACAUUCCCCUUCAACGGCACAGGCAUCACAUUCUUUGGCACCGUGUCGGUGCCAUCGCCGGGGGUGGAGCUAAGUGUGUCCUCCUUCGUGAUGGACUCGGACACGCCUAACGAAGUACUGGUGACGGCACCGCUUCCGACGGAGACCAUGUACCAUCAUGCGUGGUACACGUCGCCACCGCUGCGCGACGGCCCGCACACACUCGUUGUUACCGCCUUGAACACAAACGCAAACGACAUCAUAUGGUUCGACUAUCUGGAAUAUGUGCCGAGUGAGGCUAGUCCUGUGUCGCCUGUGUCGCCCUCGCCACCAUCUUCGGCCACAAUAACCAGCACGGGCAGUGUUGGCGGUCCGGUACUGCAAACAUCGGCGCCAUCCAACUCCUCUGCAACGCCAUCGGCACUUCCCAUCGCGACGCAUAAAGCAGCCGACCUGGGCACUAUCCUCCCCGCCGCACUCGUCCCUGCAACCGUGCUCUCGCUGCUCUUGGGCGUAUUCUUCCUCCGCUGCCGACGACGGCGUGAGGGCCGCCAUCACCUCACGCGAGAGCACGCCCUCAAUCAGGAUGACCCAUGCGGCAGCGCGAUUAGUGGCCAUUUCUACGUGGUUUCGGCGAUGAUUGGUCAUGAGGCGGCGCUGGGCGAAGCUUACACCGCGACAGCGCCCAUUUCAACGUACACACUUAUGCGCCGACCGAUGUCAGAGUCGUUGUUCAGAGGGUCCGACGGAGGAAGCGUCGUGCUGCCAACGACCUAUGCCACCUCGGGCGCGGCUUCAUCUACGGUAGGCCAUGCGUCAGAGGCGAGCGGCACGAAGUAUGAGGAGGGGCCACCGGCGUAUGGGGACCUACUGCUUGAGGUCUCUUAGAGACGCGUGUUUUAGGACUGUAUAUUCUUGAGUGCCUUAGUACAGAUCACGUAAGUAGACAUACUGUAGUUUUACGACCGU